AACAAGUGACGUGCACGCGUGUCAAGAAUGCGCGCGAGACAAUGCUGAAAAAGCGGGGGUUUCAGCAACAUUAGUCAAACAAAUAGUACCGAAAACGCUGUUUGUUUGUUUUUUAAAUUAUAUUAUUAUUUUAGAAAAUGUGUAUGCAUUCGACUAGAAACAGUCAGUUUCUUCCUAAGCAGCAGCACCGACGUGUGCGCGGUCUGGCAGUCCUUUUACUCUAACUUUGAAGACGCAGAGAGUAACGAUCUUAAGCUUUCCCCUGCGCUCUGUGGACAUUUAGGAAUAAGCACUGAAAGUAAUGCCAGUGGGCAAAGGAAGCGCUACCACUAAGAAACAGGCUCACCACAGGGAAGUUAAACUUACCAGAGAGAUUCCCCGGAUGAGUGUUAGCUGAAGGCCUUAGCCAGUCGCGUAGUUCAUGUGCUAACGUGGCAAAGCUAGCUGUUUGCGUCAACGGCACACUGUUUUUGUCUUAACUUCUGGAGAUACCCUACUAAAAUGUUUGGUUCCUCGAGAUCUGGAGGAGUACGGGGAGGUCAGGAUCAGUUCAACUGGGAUGACGUCAAAGUCGAUAAACACAGAGAAAAUUAUCUGGGUAACUCUUUAAUGGCACCAGUAGGACGAUGGCAAAAAGGCAAAGAUUUGACCUGGUAUGCAAAAGACAAAAAAGGUGGCGCAGCUUUGUCCAGGCAGGAGGAACUUGCUGCUGUCAAGGCAGCAGAGGAAGAGGCAUUGAUGGCUGCACUAGGCCACAAGAAUAUAAAGAGACAACCGACCGGUCUGACCAAAGAGGACCUUGUAGAGGUUUGCAGGAGGGAGGAGGCUGAUGGUGAUGAGAGAAAUGUUGACCGCAUCUCUGGUUUGGGAAGCUCCAGUGCAGGGUCACGGAAAAUGGUCCUGUCCCAAAAAGAAAAGGAAGCUGCUAAAAUGGGCUUGCCAGUUUUUACACACCACAAGACUGAGGGUCGUACAGAAACUUCAGCAACAAGAACAGCUGAGAGUGAAGUAAAACAAGAGGAGGAACAGAGGCAUGAGAGCAAAAAGAAAAAGAAAGAGAAAAAGAACAAAAAGGAGAAAAAGAAGGAGAAAAAGAAGAAAAGACAAAGGAGAGACUCAUCCUCCUCCGAGUCUGAGGACAACAGAAAGAGACACAGAAAGGACCACCAUCAUCAUAAUCCAUCAUACCAUAGUCAGAGUGGAGCCAGACCCCAUGACAGCCACUCAAGGGGGGGAGCAAAGGCCGAGCGACAGCCCUCCGACCCCCAUCAUCGACGGCAGCGGCAUGACACAGACUCCUCUGAUGGAGGCUCUCCUGUCUCUCGUAGCCCUGCCAGCCUCAAGAAGGCUCCUGCUGGUGCCACACAAAGCCACAGGCGGCGCCACGACACAGACUCGGACGACUAAUGUCCUGCCCACCCCCCACCCCUGAUUCAAACAUGCAUAAUGCGGACAGAGUGCUCUACAGCAGCUUGACCGACCCUCAAGACCUUAUUUACUUGAACAGCUAAACAGACUGUGGAUGGAUGCUAAUCAGUGUAACAGACUUUAGUCUCAGGUUUUAACUCCUUCAUUCAAAAGGUUGGUCAUGUGACACUGGUGUUUGGUUUGACAAUUUUUGAUCACCUUGAGUAAUUUAAUCAUCAGAUGUCACAUAAUCCGUAUUGCUAUAAAGUGUGUAUUUUUUUGGUUAUCUUAGUCAAAUACAGAUAAACUUUUUUCCAAAGCAAAUGGAAUGGUUUUCUUUCUCAUCCUCAAAGCUUUUACGGUUCAGGAAAUUUAAGAAGAUUACUUCAACCCUGACCAUUGUUGCUGCAAGCAGGAAAAAAAAACCCUUCAUGGAAACUUACAUGACACUCAUGACUCACG